AGGCGUGGUGAGUCCACAACGGCAUCUCCUGGUACAGCCGCAGGCGCCCACGUCGCCCACGUCGCCCACGUCGCCCAGCCGGCCAGGCAACCUGGGCAGCCCGGUGGCGGCCAGGCCUGUUGUGGCUGGCACGCGCCCGGCCGUGACGGCCUCGCACCGCGGCGGCGUGGGCAGCGCGAGCGCGGCGCCGGCGACCGGCUCGGCCUUCGCGCCGCCGGUGCGGCCGGUGGUGUCGGUGACGGCACCGGCGCCCGUGCAGGCAGCGCCCAAGGCGUCGCCCAAGCACUUGAGCCCCACCAAGCUGCAGAGCCCAGGUGCUGCUCCGGCCGCGGCAGCUUCGCCCAGUGGUCCCCCCAAGCAGAGGGCGGCCACCAUGACUUCCACGCUGCGCACCGGCGACUCAAUCUCCCCCGAGGGCGAGGACAAACCCAAAGACUCAGGGCGCAGCAAUCAGCUGCUUCCCACCAUGAGUCUUCGUCCACACUCAACGCCCCAAGGCUCUAGGCGGCUUCAGACCCGGCGGAAGAUAGGCAACAAGACUCCAGAGGUGGAGAAGUUCUUAGUGGAGUCCUUGCGAAGAGAUCCUGGCAGUGGCCAAGCCCAGUUGAACGAAGCAGAUUUGCAGCAGAUUGUCAACAUGAUGGAGUUCUAUGAAUUCGACAAGGACGACUCCGACGACGAAGGCGGACGACUUGCGGGACGAAGCCAGCCCUUCCGAUGGCCCAAGCGGGAUAUGGCGAAUGCUUCCCGGAAGGAGGGUUCACUCGGACCUUCCGGCGCCGCCGCCAUGGCCGCGGCGAGCGCGGAUCUCCUGGAGCUGGUGACGGCGCAUCGCGGAGUGCGCCACGACCUGGGCGACGGCGACCAGGGGCAGCUGACGGAGAUCAAACGCUUCUUCGAGCAGCAGCGCGGCAGCAAACCGCUGGACACCGCUGUACGCUGCUAUCGAAAUCCUUGGCUCAAGGACUGGUACCAAGGUGGCGAGAACACAGAUCAAGACUGGUAUUGCUUAGAUCAGGAGAGGUGGAUGUUAUACGAGUACAUCUUCUUCCUCUACAGGGUGAAGCUGCCCACCUUCCUCUGCGAGCCACAGCCGGUGAAGAGCCGACCCUUUAUCUACGUGCAGGCGACUGGCAUGGACCCUGACGCGGAGAGGCAAUUCAAGCUGUCACACUCCAUCGAUGGGAGCCAGUUUGCCCAGGCCCUGGCGGCCACAUGCACUGAGGAAGAGCGGACCUUUGCGGAUGAGGUCCCUUCAGUCUGCCGGGUCCACAUCCGGCAGGAGAUUUUGUCGGCGGACUACGAGGACGAUGCAGCAGAGACCACGGAGGCCCACCGUCGACGGCUGACGGAACAGCAGCCCUCACAGUCCUUCCAGAUCUUCCACCCGGAGGCGGCCAAGGCACUCCGCAUUCAGUCUGAGGCCCUCCAGGGCCUUGCUUCAGCAGAUCUUAAGGCGGAGCGCGCCCAAGCGGAGGAGGCCGAGCGACAGGAGAAGGCCGAUCAAGGGUCUCAGCUGCAGGCCGCGGUAUUGGCGCCCAUCCAGGAGGGCAUGCAGUCGGUGCCUCUUUUGUCCGACUGUCUCCCUGGACUGGCACCCCCGGACCCCACGGACAUGCUCCAGCACUACCUCCCGGCAAUGAGGGCACUGCAGAACGGAGAUGCCCGACCUCAAGCACACAAGAGGGUGGAGCCAUGCGCCGCCCCCCGAGACGAGCGCCUGGAACUGGUGGGCAAGAUGAACCACCGCCUGUGCUUCAGCACCAGCAACAACCUGGGGGCCGUGUCCGAUGCCAUCUGGCAAGUCAUCCUGAGCAACGAGGAGAUGAAGGGCAUCCGGGCAAUUCAGCAAGUGGCCCAAAAGGUCACAGCAGCGGCCUGA